AUGAGUAUCCGCGAACCGUAUAGUGUCAGUAAAGAUCCAUUAGUGUUUUUGGAUCCUGAUUUGGCUCGUGGAAAUACACAAGGAACAGAUUUUGGCUUUGACGAUUUGACGUUGCCAACACAAAAUCAAUCUGAUGGUGCAGCCACACCCACACAUAAUCAGAAUUCUGUAUUUCAUGGAACAGAAAGUCUCGAUGGAGACGGAACGACAGCGCUUCAACGAGGAUUAACAGAUUUACCAUUUGAAGAUGAAGAAGAAGGCUAUUGUGAAAGAGAUUUACCUAAACAUGCUUGCGCAUAUUGUGGAAUAAGUGAUCCAGCUGCAGUUGUGAUGUGUAAUCAGACAAAAAAGUGGUUUUGUAAUGGUCGUGGAAACACAUCUGGAAGUCAUAUUAUAAAUCAUUUGGUACGUGCUAAAUGUAAAGAAGUAACAUUACAUAAGGAUGGACCAUUGGGUGAAACAAUUUUGGAAUGUUAUAAUUGUGGAUGUCGAAAUACAUUUUUACUGGGAUUCAUACCAGCAAAAGCUGAGAGCGUUGUAGUUUUGUUAUGUCGACAGCCCUGUGCAAGUCAAAGUGCCCUAAAAGAUAUGAAUUGGGAUCCAACACAAUGGCAACCACUUAUACAAGAUCGUUCAUUUUUAACAUGGCUUGUUAAAAUUCCGUCCGAACAAGAACAGUUACGAGCUAGACAAAUAACUGCGCAAAUGAUUAAUCGUCUUGAAGAAUUAUGGAAAGAAAAUCCAGAUGCAAGUAUUGGAGAUUUAGAAAAACCAGGAAUCGAUGAAGAACCACAACAAGUAUUAUUAAGAUAUGAAGACGCUUAUCAAUAUCAAAACAUAUUUGGUCCAUUAGUUAAGAUGGAAGCAGAUGAUGAUCGAAAACUGAAAGAAUCGCAAACACAAGAUAAUAUCAGCGUAAGAUGGGAUAUGGGUUUGAAUAAAAAACGAUUGGCAUACUUUUGUUUACCGAAAGCGAAUGAAGAGAUGCGUUUAAUGCCAGGCGAUGAACUUCGAUUACGUUACGUUGGUGAUCCACAAAAGCCAUGGUCUGGUGUUGGGCAUGUCGUCAAAGUUCCAAAUAAUUAUGGAGAAGAAGUUGGAAUCGAAUUGAAAAUAACACAAGGUGCACCAGUUGAGUACACAACUAAUUUUGUUGUCGAAUUCGUAUGGAAAUCAACGUCGUUUGAUAGAAUGCAAGCUGCAUUAAAAACAUUUGCUGUUGAUGAAAACAGUGUGUCAGCUUACUUAUACCAUCGUUUACUUGGUCAUGAAGUUGACGAUGUAGUUAUGAAAGUGACAUUACCAAAACGGUUUUCAGCACCUGGUCUUCCAGAAUUGAAUCAUUCACAAGUAUAUGCGGUUAAAACUGUACUACAACGACCACUUAGCCUUAUUCAAGGCCCACCCGGAACAGGAAAGACUGUAACAUCUGCUACGAUUGUUUACCAUCUUGUCAAACAAAAUCAUAGUCAAGUAUUGGUUUGCGCACCAUCAAAUAUUGCCGUUGAUCAGUUGACAGAAAAAAUUCAUAAAACUGGUUUAAGAGUUGUUCGUUUAUGUGCAAAAUCUCGAGAGGCACUUGAUUCUCCUGUUUCAUUUUUGGCAUUACAUAAUCAAGUUCGAAAUCUCGAAAGUGAACCAGAAUUGAAAAAACUUCAACAAUUAAAAGAUGAAACUGGUGAAUUAUCAUCAUCAGAUGAAAAACGUUAUCGUACAUUAAAACGUAAAUGUGAAAGUGAUCUGUUGAGAAAUGCAGAUGUUAUUUGUUGCACGUGCGUUGGUUCCGGUGAUCCUCGUCUAUCACGUGGAUAUCAAUUUCGUUGUAUAUUAAUUGAUGAAUCAACACAAGCUACUGAACCGGAAUGUAUGGUACCGGUUGUACUUGGAGCAAGACAACUGAUAUUGGUUGGUGAUCAUUGUCAAUUGGGUCCUGUAGUCAUGUGUAAAAAAGCGGCACGGGCUGGUCUGAGUCAAUCGUUAUUUGAACGUUUAGUUGUUUUGGGUAUUCGACCCAUACGUUUACAAGUACAGUAUCGAAUGCAUCCCGCUUUGUCUGCAUUUCCGUCAAAUAUCUUUUAUGAAGGCUCAUUACAAAAUGGUGUAACGGCAGCUGAACGUACAAUAACAACGUUAGAUUUUCCUUGGUCACAAUCAGAUAAACCUAUGUUUUUCUAUUGUUCGUUGGGUCAAGAAGAAAUAUCGAGUAGUGGAACAUCGUAUUUAAAUCGACAGGAAGCUGCUAUGGUUGAAAAAAUUGCCACACGUUUAUUAAAAACUGGUAUUAAACCUGAACAAGUUGGAAUAAUUACUCCUUAUGAAGGUCAACGUGCAUUCAUUGUACAACAUAUGCAAUAUAGUGGAUCGUUAAAUGAAAAAUUAUAUCAAGAAAUUGAAGUCGCCAGUGUUGAUGCAUUUCAAGGCAGAGAAAAAGAUUUCAUUAUUUUAUCGUGUGUUCGAGCCAAUGAACAUCAAGGCAUCGGGUUUCUCAAUGAUCCAAGACGUCUUAAUGUUGCAUUAACACGUGCCAAAUACGGUGUUAUUGUCAUUGGCAAUCCAAAAGUACUUUCCCGUCAGCCAUUAUGGAAUCAUUUAUUAACAUACUAUAAAGAACAACAUGUUCUUGUUGAAGGCCCCUUAAAUAAUUUGAAAGAGAGUUGUAUUCAGUUUUCAAAGCCAAAAAAAUUAGUAAACCCAACAAAUCCUGGUGGUCGAUUCAUGUCAAAUGUGAUGUUUUCAGCAAAAGAAGCAAUGAUACCUGGCAGUGUUUACGAUCGCAGUGGUACAACAGACAAGCGCCAAUUAUUUGGUCCAUAUUAUGCAAAUACAUUUGGUACAACAAUGCGAGCUCACGAUCCGUUAAAUUACAUUGAUCCAAUGGCUCGAACAACAAACGGAAUGAAUUUACCUAUACCUCAACAAAUGAUGUUACCACCACCAUUAUCAAUGCCUUAUAUGAAUGGACCAUUUAAUCAAAUGAUGAAUGGUCGUCAAGUCGGAGGACCAGCACAAACAGCAGCUGCCCAAGCACAAGCAGCUGCUAAAGCAGCGAAAAAUCGAAGUAAAAAUCCGAUGAAACCACCGCGAUUUUCGAAAAAUCUACCAUUUAAUGGCACAACACAAUCGCAGGAUGCAACGGCACUGACACAAGGCGGAACGAUCAGUCAACCGUAUCCCAUUUCUCAGAGUGGUCUCAUGUCACAGCCUCCCUAUGGUCUGUCACAACAAGACUUUUCACAAACAGAUUUAUAUGAUACCUAUCAAUCACAAGGCGGUGAUCAUCAAUUAUUAUCACAAGAUUCAACAUACGCUGAUCAAACAUUAUUUUUAAAUUCUCAGGGCGCAAAACAAACCAGAGAACAAUCAAGAGAACUUCGGCGGACUGAUCGUGAUUUAGUACGAGAUAGACAUAGACUUGAAAAUGAAGAACAAAAACUGAUCAACGAAAUUAGAAAAAAUGCUACACAAGGAAACAAGAAAGCUGUUGAAAUAUUGGCAAAACAGUUAGUGAAAGUACGAGGACAAAAAGCAAAAUCGCUGAAUGCAAGUGGACAUAUACAAGGUUUGGCCGUUCAAAAUACGAUGAUGGCAUCAAAUGUUAAAAUGGCAAAGGCAAUGGACAAUACCGCGAAAACAAUGGAAAAGAUGAAUCGUUUGAUGGAUCCUCAAACAAUGGGAAAAGUAACCCAGAAAUUUGCCGAACAACAUAUGAAAAUGGAAAUAACGGAUGAAUUAAUUGGUGAAACAUUGGAAUCGGCCCUUGGUCAAGAAGGAGACGAAGAAGAAGAGGACCAAAUUGUAAAACAGGUGUUGGAUGAAAUGGGCAUCCAAAUGAAAGAUAAGCUUAAUGGUGCACCGGCAAUUCCAGGAUCUGCUAUGGCGUCUAAAGCAUCGAAACAAAGUGAAGAUGACGAAAUUGAACGAAUGUUAGCCAAUUUAAGAUCAUAG